AUGGCCAACCGAACGGACGUGAGCGCCAUCAAAAUCUUCGGCUCCAAUCCGCAGUACUUAAUAUCGAAUAUUAUACGGAGCAAAAUAUAUGAGAGCCCCUACUGGAAGGAGAAGUGCUUUGCCCUGACAUCCGAAUCGAUUAUCGACCAAGCGGUGAACCUAAAGUACGUUGGAGGAACCUACGGGGGAAACAGGAAGCCAACUCGGUUCCUCUGCUUAGUGCUGAAAUUACUACAAAUCCAACCAGACAAAGAUAUAAUCUUCGAGUAUAUAAAAAAUGAAGAAUUCAUUUAUUUAAGAGCUCUGGGCAUUUUCUACCUUAGACUGAUUGGAAAGAGUCUAGAAAUAUAUCGUCACUUAGAACCCAUUUUAUAUGAUUACAGAAAAAUGAGAAUCAGGUUGCAGAAUGGCACCUUCGAGAAAAUUUACAUGGAUCAAUUUGUGGACAACUGCUUAAUUAUGAAUAACUUUUUGGACGUCGAUUUUCCAAGCCUCACAAAAAGACAAGUAUUAGAAGAUAAUAAUCUUCUAGAGAAGGUUAAUUUGGACUACUAUAAAGAGUUGCUAAAUAUUUCCUCGGGGAAUGAACUAUUUGAGAAUCAAGUCGAGGAAGGGGGGGAUGAUCCCCCUGGUAGGAACCUUGACAAGGGGGUGAAGAGGCGGGGGGGAGAUAACCCCCCCACUAGUGGAUACGGAUCGGGGGGGAGUAGCCAUGUAGAGAGGGGCAAAGGGAAAAAGAGAAAUGGGUACUGGGAGAGAGGCAGGCGCGGCAGCAGGAGCAGGGACAGAGGUAGACACCGGAGUCGCGAUCGGGGCAGGGAUAGUAACCAAAGCCGCGAUCGAGACAGGGAUAGCGAUCGGAGCCGCAAUCGGGGCAGGCAUAGGGAUCGAAGCUACUCCCGCGAUAGGGAAAGAACAAAACGGCGAGAAAACAAACUAACUGAACACUCGAGGCACAAGAAAAAAAGACGCUCUUCAGAAGGGCGAAGAAGCUACUCCACGAGUGAAUCGCCCGAGGCUCGCAGGAGGGAGAAGAAGAGGCGAUGCGCGCGUGAAGAGUCGGAUGAGGAGAAGAAAAAAAAGAAGGAAAGGAAGGGAAAAGAAGGGCGGGAAAAGGAAAGGCAGGAAAAAGAAAGGAAGAAAAAAGAAAGGAAGAAAAAAGAAAGGAAGGAAAAAGAAAGGCACGAAAAAGAGAGGAAGAAAAAAGACGAUUCUGACGUCGAGGAAAAUAAAAAGGAUGCAUUGUCUAUAGAACGAUGGAACAAAAUCAGGAAGGACUUAGGCAUGAAGCCGCUCAAGUGA